AUGCUGGAUCCGCCUGACCGCAUCCCUGUUGCGCUCCCGGAGAACCUCCUUGGUCGGGAGCCGUGGGGACACCUCUGCUUCUCCUUCCAUGGCUGCCGAGAUGGCAUCGCACUCUUCCUUGACCACCAGCGCCAUGAGGCCAUCUUGUGGGAUCCACUCACCAGUGUCCAGCGUUGCGUUGCUUUUCCAUCGUGGUUCUUGGAUGGCAUUUGCAAAGAUUGCUCCAUUCAGAACGCCACAGUGUUGUGCCCUGCCAGCGACAAUCAGCAUGAGCACGGCGGAUCCCACAUGAGCCCAUUCAAACUGGUAUUCGCAUGGCGUGAUGCUAUAGCCAGAAAGGAAUUCAUUUGCAUAUAUGAAUCCAAGUCUGGUGUUUGGGGAGAUAUUAUCCCCACAAGGACUGCAUAUGUGAUUUCUAGGUACAGGCCUAGCAUAUUGGUUGGGAAUGCACUUUGCUGGUUGCUUGAGGGAGGCAACAUCCUUAAGUUUGAUUUCGGAAAGCACACCCUUGCUGUGAUUGAGAAGCCGGAAGACACCCAUGCUGCUGGUUGCGAGUACGUCCACUCGUCUCACUCGUCCUUUCAGAUCUUACGAGGAGAGGAUAAUGGUAUCGGCCUCGCCAUUUUGUCAACGUUAGAACUGAGUAUUCAGUUAUGGGUGAGGAAGUCCAACUGUGAUGGUGUUUUCUCAUGGGUACUACAGAACACUGUCCAACUGGAUGAGCUCUUUUCACGACCCGCACACAUCAGACAACUGGUCUUCAUGCUGGGGUACGAUGAGGACACAAAUGUGAUCUUUCUGUCUUCAGAUUCUCACGACUUCAUCCUCCAACUUGAGUCCAUGCAGUUCAACUAUAUUGGUAGAAGAAAAUACAGGAGUCCCAGAGAGUCUUGUCCAUACACAAAUUUCUGUACAGCAGUAGUCAGGAGCACUGCUGGUGGUGAUGGUGGAGCUGAAAAUGUGAACACGUGAUACAGGUAUCUAGAGUUAAAUCCUCAUUGCCGAGACGCAGAAAUGGCUAUCUGCUCUAGGUUCUGCAUGUCUUGUAUUGUGUGGCCUGUGAUGGAGUGUCGAUGCUGAGUCCUCUA